CAUUCUUUCUUUCACGUCACCAUUCAGGACACGCUACUCCACUUGACUUCUCUGCAGGACCAUGCAGUCGCUGCAACACAAGGCUUCUGAGUGGAGCGGAGUUGACACGGCCGACGCCUUCGCCAUUGAUGACACCAAUUUGUUUCAGAAAUUAGGCCUCGAUGCUUUCAUUAACCUCUCCACAAAUUUCUAUAACAGGGUUUACGAUGAUGAGGAAGACUGGUUUCGGUUAAUUUUCUCAAACUCGAAGAAAGAAGAUGCAAUACAAAACCAAUACGAGUUCUUUGUGCAGAGAAUGGGUGGGCCUCCCCUGUACUCGCAGAGGAAAGGGCAUCCUGCUCUGAUUGCACGCCACCGACCAUUUCCUGUCACGCAUCAAGCUGCAGAGAGAUGGCUACAUCACAUGCAAGAUGCAUUAGACAACACCCCAGAUAUUGAUUCUGAUUCCAAAAUCAAAAUGAUGAAUUUUUUCAGGCACACGGCAUUCUUUCUCGUGGCUGGAGAUGAGUUGAAGAAUCCGAACCAACAAGUUGCAUGUAAACAUGCUACUAGCAAACCAGCUGCAGAGUAAAAUUAUUGACAUGAUUUUCUUUUCCCUUUGGUGAGGAAUCAGAUCGUAAUAAGGAAAUUAUGAAACUUACAGUAAAGUUUUUCUAGAUUUCUAAUGCAAAACUUGAGAAAUUUCCAUAUUUCUUAUAUAUGCUUCUCAUUGUAAUCUUGGUAAUUUGUAAGCAACUCGAGUUAUAGUUUUAUUACCUUUGGAUUUACUGACCACAGAUCUCUGUUUUUUUAUGAGCAAUCAACAGUCAGGGUAUGGUGAUUGGA